AUGGACGCCUGCACGGAAACCUACACACGCCGUCAAUCAGAUGCACCCCCAGCGCGCCAAGUCAGAAUGAAGAUUGACUCGCUAUUGAACCCUUCUGGCGAUGACGGCCGUGAGGAACGGAGUAGCCGAGCAGGAUCUCCCUUCAGCAGCCAGCACGCGGUCAUGUCAUCCUCGUCGCACAGCGGCGGCUACUUACAUUCGCCGGGCUACCCACCAUCACCUAACCAAUACUGGUACGGAAGAUAUCACGAUUACCAUGACACCAGCCCCGGCGGCGUAUCCUCGGCUACGGGCCACGCCAGUGGUGGCAGCAGCAUCAGCAGCAGUAGCAGCAGCUCCCACCAUCACCCCCAUCCUCACCAUCACAGCCCCCGCUCGGGGAACAGCCAACAGCAUCAUCACCACAUGUUUCUGUCCUACCGACCCACGAACGAGUCCACGCAUUCUUCGCCGGACCCGUACCACCCACGCGAGCGGUACGACUCCGUCUCCUCCAGCUCGAGCAACAACGGCGACCGGCGGCGGCCGCCACGACCCAAGUACGAGGAAGAAGAGAUGUACUUUAUCUGGUACCACCGGGUCGACCUCUGCCAGGAAUGGAAAGAAGUGCGCGAGAGCUUCAACCGUCAGUUCCCCAGUCGACAACGACGGGGUUUCCAGGGGAUCCAAUGUAAAUUCUACCGAUUCAUCAAGGAGAAAAAGUGCCCUACCCUUCGAGAGCAACGACGUAUGCGCGACGGCGAGUUCCUCCGUGAUGGUGCGUCGAUGGGCGUCGAGUCCGGUGCCCCCAAAUUUGGUGUCAGGGAAUGGGCCAAUGUUUGGUACCCCUGGAUGCGUGAGGGCACCGAGAUGAAAUCGAGUCAGUCACGGAUAUCGACAUGA